GCACUUGUCCGCGCACCUACGACGACAACCAGCCAUGAUACCGAGCAGAGGGAUACAAUGGUCCAGCCGGACCAUUGGCAUAGGUCGCCGGCGACUGGAAGAAAUCUCCAUUAGAUCCUUUUCCUCAUCGACCACCCGCAAUGCGCGGCUCUCCGCCGCGCCAUUCGGCACAUUGUCGUCCAAGACAGCAGCUGCGAGACCGCGAUUCGUGCAAUCGAGCUCGAUCCUGACGCAGCUCCCAUCGCGGCGCUUCAACUCCUCCAAGGCGGCCGCGACUACCGCAGCAACCACACCCGGAGCUCCCACCACCGAGGCUGUGGCCGGAACGACUAGUGCGUAUACCAGCACCUCCCUCGACGACGCAAUCGAUAUCAUCACCAGCGCCAAAGACGCCCCGGAACACAUUGGUUACCUCAAGUCGCUCGGGCUGGACUACGGUUACGGACCCACCACCUGUGUUGAGUGGUUGCUCGAGCACACACAUGUCUACUGCGGCACGCCGUGGUGGGCGUCCGUCGCCUUAACCGCCGUCUUCAUCCGUAUCGCCUUCUUGAAGUUAUACAUCGAUGCCGCCGACAACGGAGCGCGCAUGGCGCGCACCGCACCGCAGACGAAGCCGCUGCAUGAGAAGAUGCUCAACCACCAGCGCAACAACGACCAAGCGGCGAUGAUGGCUGUGCGACAGGAGAUCUCGGUUAUCCAUAAGCGUGCGGGAGUUAAGAUGUGGAAGUCGAUGCUGCCGAUGGUGCAGAUGUUCACCGGUUACGGGACGUUUGUGCUGCUGCGCGCGAUGGCCAAGUUGCCGGUUCCUGGCAUGGAGACGGGAGGCAUCCUGUGGUUCCAGAAUUUGGCGAUACCGGAUCCAUUAUUCAUUCUUCCUCUUGCCGCGGCGGGUGUGUUGCAUGUGGUGCUUAGGCAAGGAGGUGAGGCAGGAACAUCAACCAUGUCCGCCAACACCAUGAAGCUCCUCGCCUACGGCUUCCCCGUCCUCUCGUUCGCCUUCACCUUCUGGCUCCCAGCCGCCGUGCAACUCUCCUUCUUCGUCACGGGUCUCUGGUCCGCGGCGCAAGUCACCCUAUUCAGGCGGCCCGCAGUCCGUUCUUUCCUCGGAAUGCAGCAGAUGCCCCCUCCAAUCAAGGAAGUGGAUCUCAAGAACGCGAGCCCCUACCGCGCCGACAUCAUAACGGCGCAGCUGAUGAAGCAGCGCCAGGAGGCGCCGACGACGAGAGGCAUCUUCGCCGCGCUCAACGAUACCGUUGAGGGCGCGAAGAAGUCGGCUAGGGAGGGCGUGAAGACCGCCAGGGAGAUGGCGGGGCAGCAGGAGGCGCCGGGGAAGAGGACGAAGGCCCAGUUGGCGAAGGCGAAGGAGUAUGAGAAGAAGAGGAGGGCGGAGGAGGCUGCCAAGGAGAGGCAGUAUAGGGAGUGGAGGAAGGCCCAGAAGGAGGCGGAGAGAGGGGAGUAAAGGGUGCCAUCACCGCGAUAGGUUGGUGAGUGUGGUGGGGUAGAUUGUAUUAUAGGAGUGAUGUGUAUGUUGCAUUGCAUGGGGGGUGCUGUACUUGUAUUUAACUUCCAUUUCUGUUCGAUAUGGUGGUGUGUACUUCUGGGAUAGUGGUGGUCAAAAUGUGUAUGGCAUAGUCCUUGCUACAAUAGAAAUUUCAUAUCAAAAUCC